AGAGGGGAAAUGACAUGCAGCAAAGGGCCACAGGUCGGAGUUGAACCCACGGCCGCUGCGUCAAGGAGUAAACCUGUAUGGGCACCUGUUCUACCCGGUGAGUUACCCAGGUGCCUUUUAUUGUCUUGUUUGAUCAGUUUAAGCACAGUUUUAUUUGCCAUUUUAUUUUACUCUUUUACAAUCUUUUAAUACGAGUUUUAUACAGGCUUGUGAGUCUUUUACAUAUUUUACAUUUGUAUGGCUUAUGUAGCCUAUGCUUUAUUGGAAGAAGAAAAAAGCUCAACAAAUAAACAUGCCUUGGCUUUUAUUUUGAAAACAGUAGCUUUUCCGGUGUUUUCAUGCUAACCCCUGUACACUUUACGCAGUUUGGCUGUUAGAUGGUUAGAUGAGGCUGAGAGGGACGACGGGAGUGCCCCAUUCACAAUCUCUUUACAUUUACACAGGCACAGAAGGACAAAUUAACUGGACACGGUCGAUAGAGACAUAUAUGUGAUAUAAAAAACAGCCCGGAUGCAGCUUUUCAUUACACUUAUAGGGGAAAACUAUGACUCUUUUAAACGACUGACGAUUUGGGAUACUGUUUUUACUUUUUCUUGCAUCUUAGCCGGCCAUUCAUUAAUUCAUUUAUAAGGUGCUGCACCCGUCUGGUUUUAUAUAAACCCGCCCUCUGUCCUGCUGUCUUUUUAUGAGUUCUGCGGUUAGGAUGGACACCCGGCUUAAUUUUCCCGUGUACCCGCUGAUGGUGCUGCUCUGCGCGGUCUGUGCACUGUCCGGGACCCGGAGCGCCGUGGCUUCUUCGGGGAGGAGCUGCGCCGAUACCCGGCAGGUGUACGCAGAGAAGGGGUACAGCACAGGCACCGCUCCGCUGACUCAAAUCUCCGGUGAGCACCUGCGGCUCUGUCCUCAGGACUACACCUGCUGCUCCAGUCAGAUGGAGGAGACGCUGGCCCUGCAGAGCGAGAGAGAUUUCCUCAAAGCUGUCGAGGAGAACAGCCAGUUCCUUUUGACUACUUUUACCCAGAGACACCGCAGGUUUGAUGAGUUCUUCAGAGAGCUUAUAGACUUGUCAGAGAAGUCGAUGAACCAAAUGUUUACCAAGACCUACGGCCGGCUCUUCACCCAGAAUGCACACGUCUUCCAGGAGCUGUUUGUGGAGCUGCGCAGAUAUUAUUCUGGGGGCAGUGUCAGUCUGUCAGAGGUUCUCUCAGAUUUCUGGUCCAGACUGGUGGAGCGGGUCUUUUCUCUGGUUAACCCCCAGUAUCAGUUUAGUGAGGACUACCUGGAGUGUGUCAGCAAACACGCCGAACAGCUGCAGCCAUUUGGGGAUGUGCCUCGCAGACUGCGUGUACAAGUGUCGAGAGCUUUCAUUGCAGCCAGAGCACUAUCUCAGGGCUUAGCUACUGGUCGGGAUAUUGUCAACAAAGCAACAAAGUUGACUGCAGAUUCAGAGUGUGUGCGUGGGCUGAUGCGUCAGUGGUACUGCCCGCUGUGUCGAGGCAUGCCCUCCCUGCGGCCCUGCCACUCCCUGUGCCUUAAUGUAAUGAAGGGCUGCUUAGCCAAUCAGGGCGACCUCGACACUGAAUGGAACAAUUUCAUUGAUGCUCUGUACCAGGUUUCAGAGAAGUUGGAGGGGCCGUUCAAUAUGGAGCUUGCAGCUGACUCCAUCUCUGUGAAAGUGUCGGAGGCCAUCAUGCACAUGCAGGAAAACAGCGUCAGCAUCUCCACUAAGGUGUUCCAAGGUUGUGGAAGCCCCAGGCCAGCUCCAGGACGGUCCAAACGCUCACCUAAGGAGUCAGGGGGCAACAGGAGGCCCUUCCGCACCUACAGCCCUGAAGAGAAACCCACCACGGCUGCAGGCACCAACCUGGACCGACUGGUUACCGAGCUAAAGGAGCGACUGCGGCCCAUGCGUAGCUUCUGGGUGUCCCUCCCACACACCAUCUGCAACGAUGAGAAGAUGGCUGCCGACGUCACUAAUGAGGACCGCUGCUGGAACGGGCAGAACCGGGGGAGGUACCUUCCGGAUGUGACGGGCGACGGGCUGGUCAGCCAGAUCAACAACCCCGAGGUGGAAGUGGACAUUGCCAAGCCGGAUGUGAGGACCAGACAGCUGAUCAUGGAGCUGAGGGUGGUGACCAACAAACUCAGACACGCUCAGAGCGGACAGGACAUGGACUUCAUGGACAGUGAGGAGGGCAGUGGCUCUGGAGAUCAGGGUGAAAGGUACAAUGAUGAUUGGCCCGGCUAUGGGCCUUACUCCCCACCCUACAACAAACCCCCUCACAACCCCGUCUCCAACCCUGCAAAGCCACCGCGAGUCCGAGAGAAAAACGGGUCCAAGUGGAACAGAAACAACGGUCAUGGACGGGUCAAAUCUGCAACCAGCCAGCUCUCUUUCUCCCUGGUUCCUUUGUUGUCUUUGCCUUUCAUGGUCACCGUCGCCCCCAUGUGGAGAUAGCUGGUUAUUACAGUCUGGAGCUGGAAGUUGUCUGUCAUGCUGGAGUCUCAAGCACAUUAUGAAAAACAAUGAAAGUCAUUCCAUUUGGUUGCACCAGCAGAAAAACCAACAAACACAAACCGUCUAAUUUAGCAAUAAUUGAAAAUCUGCUAUACAGCAACAACAACAAAAUAGGUUAAAGUGAAUAGUUUUCCUGCUGCCCAAAAGGUAUUACCAGGCAUUGAUGACAAACAAUACUUAAGGUGCUCUAAGCGAUGUUGGGUGACGGCACUUCUUGUUGACAUUCGAAGUACAGUAUUUUCAAACAAAACAAGGCUAGCUCGCCCCUCCCUCCUCCUCAUCUCGUCC